AUGAGACUUCCUCAUGGAGAAGUGAAAACUCCAGUUUAUAUGCCAGUAGGAACAAAAGGAGCAAUGAAGGGAGUGACCUAUCAAGAAAUGGAUGAUUUGGGAUGUAAAUUACUGCUAGCAAACACUUAUCAUUUGGCAUACAAACCAGGAGGUGAUUUAUUAGAAAAAGUUGGUGGUUUACAUAAUUUUGUGAAUUGGAAAAACAACAUUCUCACAGACAGUGGCGGAUUUCAAAUGGUUUCAAUGUCUUAACUCAGUGAAGUCACAGAGGAAGGAGUCACAUUUGAGUCUCCUUAUGAUAGAUCAAAAAUGCAUCUUAGACCAGAAGAUUCAAUCCAUACUUAAAAUUAAAUAGGAGCUGAUAUAAUUAUGGCCUUGGAUGAUGUUGUUAAGACAGCAACAGCUGGUCUUCGCAUGCAAGAGGCAAGUGAGAGAACAACCAGGUGGUUGGAUAGAGAUAUUGCUGCCCAUAAAAGGAAACAUGACUAAAACCUAUUUCCUAUUGUACAAGGAGGAGUUGAUUCUAAAUUACGAGAGCAAUCUUUGAAUGAUCUGAUAUAGAGAGAAGCCAAUGGAUAUGCAAUUGGGGGAUUGGCUGGAGGAGAAGAUAAAGCUGACUUCUGGAAAACAGUAGUGUAAUGCACAACUAAAUUACCUAAAAAUAAACCUCGAUAUUUAAUGGGUGUUGGAUAUCCAGUAGAUAUUGUCGUCUGUUCUUGUUUGGGUGUUGACAUGUUUGAUUGUGUUUUCUCAACAAGAACCGCUAGAUUUGGUACUGCUUUUACAGAGCAUGGAUUUCUAAAACUGAAAAAUAAUGAAAUAGCAAAUGUUUUUGAGCCAAUUUAGAAAGGGUGUUAAUGUUAAGCUUGCAAGAAUUAUACCUAAUCGUAUUUGCAUUAUUUGAUUGCAAAGGAAGAGGUUGCUUGUCAUCUCAUCUCUAUUCAUAAUCUGAAUUAUUUGAUAUAAUUGAUGCUCAAUUUACAUCAAUCGAUUAUAGAUGGCAAAUUAACAGGAUUUGUGAAUGGAUUUCUUAAAAACUGGUAUUAAAGGGAAGGCAAAAUACCGUAAUGGGUAAUUGAGGCUUUGGAGUAUGCAAGGUUGCCGAUAGAAUAGUUGUGA